CGCGGCGCGGAUUCUACGUUGCUCUGCCAUGGCGGCUUGGCGCGGCGGCGUCCUGCUGGCGUCCUUGCUCGCCGCGCUCGCCAACACCGGCAGCUGCCAGGGCCUGCUCAGCAAGGCCGGGCCGCGCAGGAUCGUCCGGGCGAAGAAGCAGGGGCCCGAGGCCCCCGUGGACGCCGCGGCAAGGGGGCUGGCCCUGGACGACGCGCUCGAGGAUGCGGCCAUCUCGCUGAUGCAGGAGCGCCGCGAGAAGAUCCGGGCUGGUCGGGGCGGCUGCCGCGGCGGCCCCGGGGCCGCGGUUGCCUCCGGCGGCGGCCACGCCGCGGGCCUUUCGGCCGACGCCGCCCUGGCCGCCGCGGUGUCCGACGGCCUCGAGGACGGCGCGGCGGCCCUCUCCCUGGCCCAGUACGGCGGCGGCAGGGUGCUGGCUGGUCGGGUGGCCACUGGCGACGCCCGUGCCGAGGACGCCGGGUGCGUGGACCGCCGGGCCGCGUCUGGCCUGACGCAGGCCGUGGAUCCCGACGUGGUGGACAUGAUGCUCGCGGAAGAGAUGGAUGUGUCUCUGACUCAGGUGGGCGCCGGCCUCGAGUUCGGCAGCGCACCGCGCUCGGCCGGCUGA